GGAGAUGUGGAUGUGUCUCUUCCUAAGGUAGAAGGUGACUUAAAGGGUCCCAAUGUGGACAUCGAAGGACCCAAAGUGGACAUUGAAGGUCCUGAUGUCAACAUUCACGGCCCAGAAGGAAAGUUCAAGAUGCCCAAGUUCAAGAUGCCCAAGUUCGGGAUGCCGGGAUUCAAAGCAGAAGGUCCAGAAGUUGAUGUGAACUUGCCAAAAGGAGAUAUUGAUGUUUCUGCUCCAAAGGUAGAUAUUGAGAUGCCAAGUGUGGACAUUGAAGGUCCCGAGGGGAAGCUGAAAGGUCCCAAGUUCAAGAUGCCCGAGAUGCACAUCAAGGCUCCCAAGAUCUCGAUGCCUGACAUUGACCUGAACCUGAAGGGCUCCAAAGUGAAGGGAGAUGUGGACGUGUCUGUGCCAAAGCUGGAAGGUGACCUAAAGGGCCCCGAAUUUGGUAUCAAAGGUCCCAAAGUUGACGUUGAGGGUCCUGAUGUCGACAUUCAAGGCCCAGAAGGAAAGUUCAAGAUGCCCAAGUUCAAGAUGCCCAAGUUUGGGAUGCCGGGGCUGAAAGCAGAAGGUCCAGAAGUUGAUGUGAACUUGCCAAAAGGAGAUAUUGAUGUUUCUGGCCCAAAAGUAGAUAUUGAGAUGCCAAGUGUGGACAUUGAAGGUCCCGAGGGGAAGCUGAAAGGUCCCAAGUUCAAGAUGCCCGAGAUGCACAUCAAAGCCCCCAAGAUCUCCAUGCCCGACAUUGACCUGAACCUGAAGGGCCCGAAGGUGAAGGGUGGUGCUGAUGUUUCUGUCCCACAAUUAGAAGGUGAAUUGAAGGGACCCGAUGUGAAUAUUAAAGGUCCGAAGUUGGAUGUUGAUGUUCCUGAUCUUGAGGUUGAAGGUCCUGAGGGAAAAUGGAAAGGGCCCAAGAUAAAGAUGCCUGAGAUGCACAUCAAGGCCCCCAAAUUUUCUAUGCCUGAUAUGGACCUCAGCUUGAAAGGUCCCAAAGUGAAGGGAGAUGUGGAUGUUUCUGCUCCCAAAAUUGAGGGGGACGUGAAAGUGCCAGAUCUGGAACUUAAAGGGCCCAAAGUGGACAUAGAAGUGCCUGACCUUGACAUUGAGGGCCCAGAGGGGAAGCUGAAGGGCCCCAAGUUCAAGAUGCCCGAGAUGCACAUCAAGGCCCCCAAGAUCUCGAUGCCGGACUUUGACCUGAACCUGAAGGGCCCCAAAGUGAAGGGGGACGUGGACGUGUCUGUGCCAAAGCUGGAGGGUGAUUUGAAAGGUCCCGAUGUCGAUAUCAAAGGGCCGAAACUGGAUGUGAAUGUUCCUGACAUUGACCUUGAGUGUCCAGAAGCAAAGAUUAAAGGUCCCAAGUUCAAGAUGCCCGAGAUGCACUUCAAGACCCCCAAGAUCUCGAUGCCCGACAUCGACCUGAACCUCAAAGGGCCAAAGCUGAAGGGAAACGUGGAUGAUUCCACCCCCAAACUAGAAGGUGACUUGAAAGGCCCCGAUAUGGAUAUCAAAGGACCCAAAGUGGACAUUGAAGGUCCUGAUGUGGAUAUAGAGAUGCCAGAAGGGAAGUUGAAGGGACCCAAGUUCAAGAUGCCCGAGAUGCAUUUCAAAGCCCCCAAAAUCUCGAUGCCGGACUUUGACCUGAACCUGAAAGGCCCCAAAGUGAAGGGAGAUGUGGACGUGUCUGUGCCAAAGGUAGAGGGUGACCUGAAGGGGCCUGAAAUAGACAUCAAAGGUCCCAAAGUCGAUGUUGACCUUCCCGACAUUGAGCUGGAAGGUCCCGAGGGGAAGCUGAAAGGCCCCAAGUUCAAGAUGCCCGAGAUGCACAUCAAGGCCCCCAAGUUCUCAAUGCCCGACGUUGACUUCAAUCUGAAGGGCCCCAAAGUGAAGGGAGAUGUGGACGUGUCUGUGCCAAAGCUUGAGGGUGACUUGAAGGGUCCUGAUGUCGACAUCAAGGGUCCCAAAGUGGACCUUGAGGCACCAGACGUGGACAUUCAUGGCCCAGAAGGAAAGUUCAAGAUGCCCAAGUUCAAGAUGCCCAAGUUCGGGAUGCCGGGAUUCAAAGCAGAAGGUCCAGAAGUUGAUGUGAACUUGCCAAAAGGAGAUAUUGAUGUUUCUGCUCCAAAGGUAGAUAUUGAGAUGCCAAGUGUGGACAUUGAAGGUCCCGAGGGGAAGCUGAAAGGUCCCAAGUUCAAGAUGCCCGAGAUGCACAUCAAGGCUCCCAAGAUCUCGAUGCCUGACAUUGACCUGAACCUGAAGGGCUCCAAAGUGAAGGGAGAUGUGGACGUGUCUGUGCCAAAGCUGGAAGGUGACCUAAAGGGCCCCGAAUUUGGUAUCAAAGGUCCCAAAGUUGACGUUGAGGGUCCUGAUGUCGACAUUCAAGGCCCAGAAGGAAA